AUACGGCUGGGGGAAGGGGAGGGAAUGGAAUCUCUCUUCGUUGUGUGACAUGCUCUCUGGCUCCUAACAGUGGCUACAUAAGCCAACGCACCAACCAAUCAGUAAGGACAGCACACUGUUCAUCCAUACUAAUACUAUGAAACUCCAGUGUGAAGUGGAAGUCAUCAAUCGGAUGCUCCCGACCUUCGGUAUGCGGAACAGAGGGAAAGGAAACCGAGCUGUUCUGUCUAUAGGGAAACAUCACGAUCGGAGUAUCAAAAACAACUCUUCAACCAUUCAUCUUUUGAUCUGUACCUUAAAAGACAAAGCAGGCUGUAAAUACAAGCUGAAAGAAAAUAUAGAGCAGUUUUUCACCAAAUUCGUAGAAGAAGGAAAAGCAACUAUCCGACUGAAAGAGCCUGCUGUGGAUGUUUGUCUGAGUAAGGCAGAUGUCAAUAAUUUGAAGAACUUCCUUUCCACUUUAAGGCUGGCUCACCGAGGUAGUGAAAUAGACACUAUACCGUUGUCCAAUCUGGCUCCAGUUAAGACCUCAGAAGUUGAAAAGCCAAAAGCCAAAAUGGUAAUCACGUCUAGGAAAGAUUAUCCUCUCACCACAAACUUCCCUUACUCUCUAGAGUUUCUUCAGGUCUCCUACUGCAAACUGGCACGUGUUGAUAUGCGAAUGCUCUACCUUCGAAAACUGCGGAAGCUGGAUCUUAGUAAUAACCACAUACGCAAACUUCCAGCCACCAUCGGGGAUCUUUCUUGUCUGUCUGAGCUUGUUUUGCACAAUAACCACUUGGAAACAUUCAGUAUUGCGUUGUGUACCUCCACAUUACAGAAAUCUUUGCAGUUUUUGGAUUUGAGCCACAACAGGUUGCGUGCUUUGCCUAUUCAGUUCUGUCAAUUGCAAGAACUUGUUCACCUAAAACUUGAUGACAAUGAGUUGCUCAGGCUUCCUUACAGGAUUGGGCAGCUGACUAAACUACGCUUCUUUUCAGUAGCACGCAACAAAUUGCCUUAUCUUCCAUGCGACUUCCAGAAGUUGUGCCUUGAGAAUGUGGAUCUAUUCGGAAACCUUUUUGAACAACCUAGCCCUUUGGCUCCAAUGAUUCAGCUGCAGAUUCCAAUGACUCUAUUGGAGAUAGCAGCUAGAGCAACAAUAAAUUACAGAAUUGCAUAUGGACCAUGCAUCCUUCCAGCCCACUUAUGUCAGGAUCUGGAUUUGACUAAAACCUGCCUUUGCAGAAGACCUUGCUUGAACUCAUUCAUUCAAGUGGUUGUAAAUUUGAACUUGCAUCAAGUCUCCCAUACGGUGGUCCUUGUGGAUAACAUGGGUGGCACUGAAGCCCCAAUUCUCUGUUAUUUCUGUUCAUUAACUUGCUACUCUGAGUUUCUUGACAAAUAUCACCAGCGCAACAGAUGAUCAAUGUGAAAUAUUGUAGCCAACUGGUGGAUUGCAGAAUAUCUACCAAACAUACUAAUUUUAAAUAUUCAUUGAGGAUGAGCAAAAGCUUUGAGAAUCUACACAUUUAUUCAGCCAAUAUAUUCAGCUCUGGUGAAUAUUCCUAUGGUGAGUGAAAUAGAACAAAAUGUAUAUUUUAGGAACACUACAAACAAUUUGAACUCCAACUCCCACCAGUGACUGGAACAAUACUUUUAACUUUAAGGGUUUUUUUUAAAAUUCCUGAUUUAAAUUAAUGUUCACUAGUUUGGGUAGUAUAUUUUGUAAAUUUGGAAUACUUGCAUUGUCUGUUUUGAUAGGAAGAAGUACUUUAUUUAGCACUGUUUGCAAUACUUAUAAAAAUUAAAUUUGUAAACUGUAUGGAUUAAGUUAUGCACAACUACAGUUAAUACAAAGGAACAUAACAGUAUUCAGAGUAUAUAGACUAUUUGGCAGUAUUAUUUUCUUCGGGCAAAGUUUAAGCUUGAAGUUUUCAAUUGUCUUUUUUAAAUUUUGAGAUUAAUGUUUAAGGAAUUUGUUGCAAUGUACUUAGCUUGUCAUUUAUAUUUAAUAAAAAUUAACUUAAUUCAGUGUGUCCACUAGUAUUACAGCAGAUAGAUCAAUAUUAAGGCCAAGUUCAAUGUGACAAGUUCUGAGAAAUUUUAGUUCCCUUUGCAGUUUUUGGAUUUCAUAUCUGUUUUAUCAUAAAUGAUUUUCUAUAAAAGGAAAGUGUGUUGCAUCAUCCAACUUCAGUCAGUUAAAAGUUUACUCCUUGCAGUUGAGAGAUCUGUUUUCAAUAAUUCAGAUUUCUGGUCCGUCUAGUUUGACCAGUAUGUGUGAGAAUAAUCAUUUCAAAUUGUCAUGUGACACAGUGGUUCUCUAUAUUUGAUUGUUUUAUCAUCAACUCUGUCAACACUUCACAACUCCUAGAUAUGAGCAAGUUACAUGUCUGAAGCAGAGUCUUUGGUCAGAAAAUAAUUCCUAAUAAAUUACAUCGGCCACAAAGGACUCUAAAUCUAAUCUUCAGUCUUCAUUGUUUUGAGACUAGUGGUGAUUUAUUCAUUAUAUUCACUUUAUUCAUUAAUCUCCUGUGGUGCUGAAAAGUUGAAUCUGAGUGUAAUACUUUGGUGAAAUGGAGUGCACUUGAAGUGGAGAAGUCGGUGAAUGCAAUGACUGGACCAGGGCCUACAAAAUAAUAUUUUUUAUUAGAGAUGCUUCACUGUAUGCUUAAUAAUGAAUUAUUUUGAAUGUGAUAAACAUUUAUGUAGAAUUGAC